AUGAGUGUGGCUCUAGCUUCUCCCCAAAGCCUGCCUGAAGCUUGCGACCCCGACUCCAGGGACUCCUCACCAAUAUCUACAGUUUUGGGGACUGAAGAAAAUUAUACAUCCUUGCAAAUGCCAUCUACUGAACCAUUCUACUCAGAGACUGUCUCUCCUUCUCCUCUUCCUUCCUCCAUGGAUGUGCUUAUUCAGGAUAGCCCUGAUUCUUCCACCAGUCCCAAAGUAAAAGAGCCGGCUCCUGUAGAGAACAGCCCAGUGAAGAACGAAGGUAAAGGCCAGGAAAAGAAACAGAAGGUCAGAACUGUUUUCACUCAGACCCAGCUGUGCAUACUCAAAGAUAGAUUUCAGAAACAGAGAUACCUCAGCCUCCAGCAGAUGCAAGAACUUUCUGAAGUCUUGAACCUUAGCUACAAACAGGUUAAGACUUGGUUCCAGAACCAAAGAAUGAAAUGUAAGAGGUGGCAGAAAAACACCAACUGGUCAAAGAAUAACAAUGCUGUGACUCAGGUCUCAGCACCUACAGAAUACCUGGACCUCUACACUCCCUACCACCAGGGAUGCCUUCCUUCUGGAAACUUUCCAAUGUGGAGCAAUCAGACUUGGAAUAGCCAGACUUGGAGCAACCAGACCUGGAACAGCCAGGCUUGGAGCAACCAGACCUGGAACAGCCAGGCUUGGAGCAGCCAGACCUGGAACAGCCAGGCUUGGAGCAGCCAGACCUGGAAUAACCAAUCCUGGAACAGCCAGGCCUGGAAUAAUCAGUUCCAGAACUGUGGAGAGGAAUUCCAGCUACCCCAGAUCCAGUUCCAGCAAAAUUCUGCCAGUGAUCUGGAGGCCUCACAACCUGUAGAUCUAUUCCUAAAUUACUCUGUGAACAUACAACCUGAAGAUGUGUGA